AUGGAUAAGCGAGAGACAAUCCUGACAACGACAGUAGUAGUAUUGGUUGGUGUGGGACGUGACGUGGACGUGACGUGGUGUGACGUGAUUAGCUUUCUUCUUCUUGAAGAAAUAUUGUGGAAUGUAUUAGGAGAGAAAAAGACACUGAGUGCUAAAACAAUCGAAUAUAUGAUAAUGUGUUUAGAUACAGAAACACAUUGUUACAACGUUUUUACAACACUGACAUAUACGCUUAUAUUAUAUCUUACUCACUUACUUAACAAAGAUUAA